AUGCCAAGAAGCAACAAAGAGGCACUGGCCGAUUAUCUGGUCCAAGACACACCGAAAACAAAGAAGGCAUUCUCAGGGAGUCAUUCGGUGGGAGGUGACAAGAAUAUCGAUGGUGAACUCAUCAUUAAACAAGAUGGAAGCAAACUACGUCGCGGAGUGAAGAAGACCACGUCGUCUGGUGGUGAUUCUUCCGAGAUAAUCACCCUUGACGACGGAAGAAAGGUCCGCAGGAUAAAAAAGAAGAAAUCAUCGAAGGAUGAUAAGUCAAAAGACGAAAAAAAGAGCAAAGAGUCCAGCAGAAAGUCACUUGGCAGCUAUCUCGGGACAUCGGAAUCUACUCGCAAUCUUGGCGGAAGCGCCUCGGUUGCUGGGGAUAAAAUUGCUAUUGGAAAAGAAUCAUCCUUGACUGGGAAAAACUAUAUUAGAGACGAUGGCCAACGGAAGACAAACACACGAAAGAAAGAAGCUCAUGAUGAAGCCGCUGCCGAUGACAACAUCAUCAGUGUUGAAUACAUCACUAGAGCAGAUGGAACGAGGGUGAAACGAAUCAAUAAGAGAAAAAUUGUCAAAAAGGUAAAGAAGGUCAAGAAAGCCAAGAAGGACAGCGAUGGUGACUCCACGAAAUCGGACAAUAAGAAGAAAGAGGGUAAAGCCAAAAAGAAGUCUUCAAAAGAAGACAAACCCAAUAAGGAGAAGGAGAAGAACGCUGCUUUGAGUAACUUCUUCAGCAAAGAGGACAAGGCUAAUCCGAAGUCCAUCGGAGGAAGUAGAACAGUAGCAGGAGAUCAACUCAAUGUUGAGAAAAAACAAUCUUUAACUGGAAACAACUUUGUUCGCAGUGAUGGGAAAAGAAAGGCCACAACAACAAAGCCGAAAUCCAAAAUAGAACCCGGUGAUAGAGUAGAAAUCAUUACUCUUCCCGAUGGGAGAAAAGUGCGAAGAAUCUACAAGACCAAAAAAAAGCCAGCUACAAACUUGACGGCCAAGAAGAAAGACACUACAACACUAGGCGCUUCCGUCCCAUCUCGGUCAAAUAAUAGUCGAAAUGGAAGCAAAACUUUGGAGGAUUUUAUGGAUGACAGUGUCAAUCAUGGUCCCAAGAAACUCGGAGGUAAUUCCAGUGUGGGCGGUGACAUUGUUCAACAAAACGAGAAGCCUUCUCCUCCUGAAAAGAAACCAUUGCCGAAAGCGUUGCAAAGAGAAAUCAUACAACGACCAUCGAAGCGAUCGCUUCCUCUUCACCCAUUGGAGCAGUCGCUACAACGAGAAACUGCGCAGCAUGCACCGCUGAAGCCCACCAAAAUUGCACUGGACUCUCGUCCAUCUCGAACCCAGGUCACUGCGCCGGUUGUCUCUUCAGAUCACGUUUCCAAAACCCUUGCUCGUAUGUCCUCCAUGGGACCUACUUUUGACGGCAGUGAAAUGAACGAAAUGCUCAAAAAGCUCGCGGAAGCUGAAAAGAUGGACGAGCUGCUCAAAAAGCUGGAAGAAGCCGAAAGGAGGCGGAAAGAGGCUGAGCAGCGUGAACUAAAGCUUCAGGCAGAACUCGCCGAGGCAAAAGCAACUCUUUCCAACAUGGGAGGUGACAUUGAUUUGGCUGAGAAGCUCAGAGACCUUGAAAAUCAGAAGAAGAAGUUGGAAAAACAGCUUCUUGACAAUAAUAUCGAUCCAGCAGAGAAUAUUGAAUAUGAGGAAUGUGUGAGACAAAUUCGAGCACUUGGAUUGCGACUCGAAGAGAUUGGUGAUGCAGACGUCGAACACGAGGACAAGGAAAUUGAACGCAAGCUUCGCGAAGAGUAUUACACGCUGUCGAUUGAGAUGGAGCGAUACAAUAGGGCCUUGAUCAAUUCAGACGAGUUUCAAGCUGAACAAAUACGAAAAGAGAACGAGUGGAACGAAACUAACGAGCCGCUCAAUCUGGAGGCUUUGAAGAAGAUUCGCCGCCACAUGCCCAUCGAAGUUCGGAAUAUGAGUGAAUUGGAGCUGAAAUCCCAUGUAUCACCUACCAACAAGAAAUUCCCACCUGCAAUAGCGAGGAGAUUUAAGCGUACAAAUGUGCUGCAACUCAUUCGGCGUGAUCCUCAAGAUGUUCAGCAAAUGCAUCCUGGGGGUCUGGAAAGCUUUAGAGUCAAUGGUCUAACUUUGACAGAGCGAAGAGCAAUAUACGAGCAUCUACGACCAAUCGCUGGUACUUGGGAAUCUGGGAAAACAGAGAAGAUGACAUUCCGCAAGUGGGAAUGGUUCAAAACAAUGAAGGAAAACUUUAAGGAAGAAUUGGACAAGUAUAACUGGCACAUGGAGGAGUUUGGCCCUUCCGAAAACCACAAGUGCAACAUGAUUGGAAGGUCGUGUCCGAUGAGAGCCGACAAAAUUGUUGACUAUGGCAAUGACUACGGAUGGACGGAUGAAGCUGUCUACGAAAAAUCGGACGUGAAGAAAUCCUCCGUCGACGAUGUGGGCAUGGCUAAAGCAGAAGCUCUGGAAAUGUUGAGAGAAAAGAGGGCAAACGAACGCAACGAAGCUUUGAAGAUUCAUUACAAAAGUAAAAAUGUUCCAGGUAAUAUACUUCUUCAAGUAUCAAAGGCGAAGGGAUCUUGUGAAAAUAUGGACAGUAUGAUGGACAAGAUGGAAUUUGCAAUGGAGCAAUGGACGAAAAAGGCUUUGGAAACCGGUGACGAUGAAUCCAAGCUCACUGAGGACGUGAAGAAGAAGGAAAUUGCCGUGUAUCGUAACAAUCUCAAGAGUCACAAAAUCUUGAUUCAGAACAUGUGUAGUCGUGCUGGAAUAAGUAUUUCGGGCGUUGAGAAAGGUGACGAAAAGCCUGAUCCUCGAAGUGCCAUCGAAUGCAAUCUGGCGGAAGAGGUACAAGAGACCUUUGUUGUCUAUACCACGUGGAUUGCGGGCCGCUUGUUGACGAUUGAGAUGGGAAACGCUGAGAUCAAGAAUAACUCGACCAUGCUCAAUGAUCUUCUCAGCAAAUUGCACGAGAAGAACAUCGGCACACUGAAGGAACUCGGUGUGGAAAGAGGAAAACGGUCUCGCCCACUCAAGACCGCCGCCGAGAUCGAAGACGAGGUCAAGAAACAACAAGGCGAGGAAUCAACCGACGCUGCUGGGUCGCAAAAAAAGCCUGCAGAGAACCGCCCAAAACCAGGAGGCUUGUUGGAUGCAAUAAAUACAAAGGGAAAAAAAGAAGGGAGACGUGGUGGCUUGAUGGACGCAAUUGCAGGAAAUGGAAAUGGAGGAGGCGGAAGGGGUGGACUAAUGGCUGCCAUCGGAAAUGCCGGAAACGAUGGGGGUGGAAGAGGUGGACUCCUAUCAGCGAUUGCAAACGCUGGAAAGUAA